CUCGUUGCAACGAUUUCAGUAGGGCGCGUGACUUCUCUUUCUGGCGAUGAGCGGCUCCCGAAAACCUCGGCCGGUCAGUUUUACCAACGAAGGAGGAAGGAUUGGAGCCCAGAUCGGUCAGAACAAUGUUAAUGGAGAUUUCAUCGUUCAAUACGAUAAGGACCCGCUCAAGCAGUUACCUUAUGCUGUCGAAGCGCCUUUCAAUUCGUAUACGAAACGACACGAGCCCACCUGCCUCCCCGAUACCCGCGUAGACCUUCUCCAUAGAAUACACAGCUGGGUUGAUGGACAAGAUGAGCGGACAAUCUUCUGGUUGAAUGGCUUCGCCGGCACGGGCAAGUCUACAGUUGCUCGCACUGUUGCGGAAAAACAAUCUCAACGUGGAUGCCUAGGAGCCAGCUUUUUCUUUUCACGCGGUGGCGGAGAUGUUGGACAUGCUGGCAAGUUUGUGGCAAGCCUUGCAUGCCAGCUUGCAAGCAACAUACCUACGCUUCACCAGCAUAUCUGCGAUGCUAUCAGAGGAUAUAGUGACAUUGCAAGUCGAUCGCUCCGUGAACAGUGGCAUCAGCUUGUACUACGUCCACUGUCGAAGCUAGACAGCCCUAGCUGCGAGAAGUGUUACGUUCUUGUAGUUGACGCGCUUGAUGAGUGCGCCGACGAAGCCGACAUUCGGAUCAUCCUCCAUCUUCUUUCCGAGGUUCGGUCGUUGCAGAGGGUACGGCUACGGGUAUUCCUGACGAGUAGACCCGAGAUCCCUAUUAGGCAUGGAUUUUGCCAGAUACCAGACGAGCAUCAAUACUUUAUACUCCAAAACGUAUCACCAUCGAUUAUUGACCACGACAUCACCGUCUUCCUCAAACACAAUCUCAAAGCUAUCCGCCAGGAACGCUCUCUGGCUGCCGAUUGGCCGGGCGAAGACGUCGUCAGAAAACUGGUCAAGAUUGCAUGUGGACUGUUUAUCUGGGCCGCAACUGCUUGUCGAUUUAUCCGCGAAGGGAAACGAUUCGCAGCAACACGGCUUAAUACGAUUCUCAAGCGCAGCGGCGACACCUUGACUGAACCGGAGAAGCACCUCGACGAGAUCUAUACAACCGUUCUGAGUCAAUCCGUGUCCUCCGAGUACUCUGACGAGGAGAAGGAGGAGUCAUUUAAUAUGCUUAGACAGAUCCUAGGAAGCCUUGUCGUUCUCAUUUCACCCCUUUCCGCACACUCUCUACACAAGCUGCUACAUGUAGCGAAAGACGAUAUUAAUCAGACGCUGGAGGAUCUGCACUCCGUGGUAGACAUUCCGAAGGACCACAUGCAACCCCUUCGCUUACACCACCCUUCAUUCCGCGACUAUCUUCUUAGCAGGGACAGGUGCAAGGAUUUAAGCUUCUGGGUGGACGAAAUGCAGGCACACCGUAUUCUAGUCGAUAGCUGCCUCCGGCUUUUGUCGACAUAUCUAAAGCAAGAUAUUUGUGAGCUGAAUGCUCCAGGUAUGCUCGCAGCCAAGGUUAAGAGCAGCCGAAUAGAGCAGUUCAUCUCACCAGAGCUUCAGUAUGCAUGCCGCUACUGGGUCGAGCAUCUUCAGAAGAGCAGAGCGCAUCUUCGCGACGAAGACGAAAUACACGUUUUCCUAAAGGAGCAUCUACUUCACUGGCUUGAGGUCCUCGGAUGGAUGGGCAAGGUCUCUCAAGGCAUCCAUGCAGUGAUGGUUCUAGAGUCUACUGCGGCGAAGCAUGAAUGCCCCCGGCUGUCCCAAUAUGCCCAGGACGCUAGGCGAUUUGUCUUAUCUAGCAGACAAACAAUUGAGCAGGCCCCGCUCCAAAUAUACAGCAGCGCGCUUGUAUUCGCGCCAACGAUGAGCAUAAUAAGAGAGCAGUUCAGAGACUGUAUACCGCGAUGGGUACAACGAUUGCCGAGGGUGCAGAAUAACUGGAGCGCGGUGAUGCAGACGCUCGAGGGGCAUUCAGAUUCCGUCAGCGUCAUCGCCUUCUCACGGGACGGUAAGCUACUGGCCUCGGCGUCCUGCGAGACGGUCCGGGUAUGGGACACGGCGACAGGGGCAUUGAUGAAAACGUUUCAGUGUAAUUCGGUUCACAUUCGCGUCAUUGCGUUCUCGCCGGAUGGCAAGCUGUUAGCGUCAGCACAGGAGGAUAUGGCAGUUAAGCUGUGGAACACCGAUACAGGAGCAGUCCUGCAGACGCUCAAGGACCAUUCAAGCUAUGUCGAUGCUAUUGCCUUCUCGCCGGACAGCAAGCUGCUGGCGUCGGCAUCGGACGACAAGACGGUCAAGCUGUGGGAUACCUGGUCAGGGGCGCUGCUGCAGACGCUCGAGGGACAUUCGGGCUCUGUCAUGGCUGUGACCUUCUCGCUGGACGGCAAGCUGCUGGCGUCGGUGGACGGGGAGACGAUCAAGCUGUGGAACACCGGCACUGAAACGGUGCUGCAGAGGCACUACAAUUGGGGAUUAGUCCACACUAUGGCUUUCUCGGCAGACGGAAAGCUGCUCAUAGGAAAGUUGGACAGGAAGGAAGUCGUUUUAUGGGAUACCAGCACCGGAGUGUUGCUUCAGAGGCUUAUAGGCCAUUCAAAUUCAGUCUCAGACGUGGUCGUCUCGCCGGACGGAGCGCUGCUGGCGUCAGCAUCAAACGACAGGACUAUUAAGCUGUGGGACGCAGGUACAGGAGCAGUGCUACAAACGCUCGAGGGCCAUUCAAGAUUGGUUAAUGCUGUAGCCUUCUCGCCGGACGGCAGGCUGCUAGCGUCGGCAUCAGACGAUAAGACGGUCAAGCUGUGGGACAUCGGCAUGCGAGCAGUGUGGCAGACGUUUGAGGGCCAUUCGCAUGCCGUCAACACUCUAGCCUUCUCACCGGACGGCAAGCUGCUGGCGUCAGCGUCGUAUGACCAGACGGUGAAGCUGUGGGACGUAGGCACAGGAGUGGUGCUGCAAACGCUCGCAGACCAUUCAGGUUCAUUCACGCAAAGCAAUAUUGAGUUGAGGUUCGCUCUCUGUGUCCAUAUUGUGGUCUUCUCGCCGAACGGUAGACUGCUGGCGAUAGCAUCGAACGACAGCAUCAUCAGGUUGCGCGACGCCAGCUCAGGGGUAGUAUUAAAGACGCUUGAGGGCCAUACUGGACAUAUCGAUACUGUUGCCUUCUCCCCGAACGGCAAGCUGCUGGUCUCGGUAUCAUGGAAACAGACAGUACUGUGGGACGUUGCCACUGGAGCGGCGCUUCAAACACGAGAGGGCUAUUCGGGUUCUUUCGAGGCUGUGGCAUUCUCGCCGGACGGUAAGCUGCUGGCGUUGCCAUCAAUUGAGAAUACUGUCAAGAUGUGGGACGUAGGCACGGGAGCAUUGCUGCGGACACUCAAGGGCCAUUCAGAUUCCGUCAGGGCUAUAGCAUUCUCGCCGGACGGCAGGCUGCUGGCGUCGGCGUCGUGGGACCGGACCAUCAUGCUGUGGGGAUCCGCCUUUGGGGUGGUGCUUCAGAUGUUUGAAGUUGAUGCCAUUAUUGAAAGUCUUUCAUUCUCAUAUGAUGGAAGAUUCCUAGAGACUGAGGUAGGACUGUUACCUACCCUGCCUGCUUCCUUGGCCGUCGGCGGAAUUAUUUCUCUACGGAAUCUUCCACGGGGCAUAUUUGUGAAAGAGCAGUGGGUGACUCGAGGAACGGAGAGUCUGCUCUGGCUUCCUCCCGAGUAUCGGCCAAGUUGCACAGCCUUUCAUAGGAACGUUGUUGCUCUGGGGCUUCCGGCUGGUCGGGUGGUAUUCAUGGAAUUUGCUCGUUGACAUAUCGUGCUGGCUCUCCCCAUACACCUCCGUUUUGGGCGACAGAAACGGAACUGCUAUCCUUGAUAGCGUCUCUUUUGCUGAUACCUGUCGUAAUCUGCAACAUUACAAGCACC